AGCCUGCUGUCCAUUUAGCACAUGAUGCUUGUUGCUACGAAAUCUGGAAGCUAACAGAGUUGAUCAAAGUCCACAGCGACAGAAGAGAAAAGGGAGAAUAAAGUUAGGAAGGCGAGUCGAAAGAGGUUGAGGUAAAUCUGGUGGCGGUGGGGAGAAAGCUCUGGAUCCGCAUUGGUGACAUGCUAGCAGUAAACAGUCUGGUGCCAGCGAGCGCACCUGCAGCACUGUUUAUAUCUGAGAGGAUGGUGGACCUUCAGAAUGAUACCGGGGGGCCGUACAACGCCUCUACCGAAUGGCAGACAUUCAGUAGUUUGGAUGACAUCGAUGUGAUAGCGGAUGGGAGUCCAGUAUUGAGGAUCCUCAUCUCCAUCAUCUACUCCUUGGUUUGCGCGGCGGGGCUGGUGGGGAACCUGCUAGUCUUUUUCCUCAUGAGGGUGAGCCAGGGUAGAAAGAAAUCGAGCAUCAAUUUCUUUAUCCUCAACUUGGCUGUGACAGACUUCCAGUUCGUCCUGACCUUGCCCUUCUGGGCUGUGGAUACUGCCCUAGACUUCAGCUGGCCGUUUGGGGAUGCGAUGUGCAAGAUCAUACUUUCGAUCACCGUCAUGAACAUGUACGCGAGCGUGUUCUUUCUGACUGCCAUGAGCAUCACCCGAUACUGGUCAGUCGCCUCUGCAUUGAAUAACAGAAGCCGACGAAUGUCUUGCUCUGUGAAAUGGAUUUGCUUGCUGCUGUGGGUCUCUGCUACCGUGGCCACCGCGCCCACCGCAAUUUUUUCGACAGUGACAAACGUCGCCGGGGAAAAAUUAUGCCUUCUCAGGUUCCCCGCGGGCCAGUACUGGCUGGCUCUUUAUCACCUCCAGAAGAUCAUGGUUGCCUUUGUCAUCCCAAUGCUCAUCCUCUCCAUCUGCUAUUUGUUACUCCUGAGGUUCAUUAGGCAGAAAAGCAUGAACAACAACAAUCCGAAAAGAAGAUCCAAAGUUACCAAAUCUGUUACCAUAGUGGUGCUGUCAUUCUUCCUGUGCUGGGCGCCCAACCAUGCCAUAACUUUAUGGGGCGUCCUGGUCAAAUUCAAUGCGGUUAACUGGGAUAAAACGUAUUAUAUGAUCCACACCUACAUUUUCCCCGUCACCGUAUGCCUGGCGCACGCCAAUAGCUGCCUAAACCCGAUUCUGUAUUGCCUAAUGAGACGGGAGUUCAGAAAAAUGUUAAAAGAUGUUUUUUGGAGGGUCUCGUCCCCAACUAUUUCACACACCUGUCCAAUACACCCGUUUUCUGGUUCCCGUAAACCGGACCAGGUUGACACACUAGUUAUCAUCCCGCUCCAAGCUAUUGAGAGCGAACACGGCACUCGCGGCUCGAUCUUCAAUGAAAGAUGUGACACUUUACCUUCUUCGAGUACCCUGGUGCAAAAAUGAACGAAGCCACAAAAGAAGCAUAAACUGCUGGGUUCAAAUAACUGUGAAUGUGAGUGUGUGUCUG